UUUCUCUCUAUCUACCUGUCUGCCAGUCUCUCUCUUUCUCUCUUAUUUCUUCCUUCCUUCUCAGUCGUUAUUAAUAUUUUCCGACGUAAUUUCUCGCGUCUUUCGUCAAAAACCGGAGUUAAAAAAAAAAGCCCACAACCACAACCACCACCACCACCACAAUCACACCACCACCACCAACAACAACAACACUCCCAUCACCAACACCCUCACCACCACCGCCACCAAUAUAAUCCACCCCGCCGCCGCCUCCAUCAUCAAAUAAAUAAACAGAAGAACAAGGAAGAUGUGCUAAUGUCCGCACAACUCUCCUAUCUCCGUGUCUGGUCGGAAAGGUGUGGUUUAGGGCUGGGAAGUUCCCUGUCCGGAGCCUGCAAGUCGCGAGUCCAACGUGAAAGAUUGAACAGCCACUACCUCACUCUGGAGGCUGAGGGACCAGCUUUCAGUGAGAACAAUCCCAACACCCACCAGAUGCCUGCCAGUAUGGCCUGUCAAGAUGAACCGUCAAAUCUGGAAUGUAUACACAAGUCGGAACUAUUUCCUAAAAAGGAACUGGUGACAGAAGAUCGCUACCUGCAGUUCCCUUUCCCUCUUUUGUGCGGAGAGUCUGUCGAGUACCUUGGCAAAAUUGACGAUGGCAUCAUAGCUCUGUCCAACUUCAGGGUCCUGAUCAAAUGUAAAGAUUUAUUUGCCAACGUCCCAAUUGGACUGAUUGAAUUUGUUGAGACCAGAGACAUUUUCCACAUCGCAAUAUAUUGUAAAGAUGCUACAGUUGUCAAGUGUUCGUUUGCCACAAAUGAAUUGUGCCAGGAUUGGUUUAAGCGCCUCAACGCAGUCAUCACAGCCCCAACACGAAUGGAAGAUCUUUUUGCGUUUGCAUUCCAUGCUUGGUGUGUGGAUCACUGCAACAGGGAACAGAACUCCUCCUGCUAUCAGUUAUGCGUGCAAAAUUCUCCAGUGGAAAGUUAUCAACUGCGAUUUGGUAAAGAGGUGAAACGGAUGAAUUUUGAUUUGAAGUCAGCAUGGAGGAUAUCUUACAUCAACGAAGAUUAUGAGAUUUGCCCUUCAUAUCCUGAAGUCCACAUCGUUCCUGCUAUUAUCACGGAUGAAGAAUUGAAAAAUGUUGCAAGUUUCCGAUCCAUGCGAAGGAUUCCGUCUGUGGUUUGGAGAGAUCAACGCAGUGGGGCAGUUAUUUCACGAAGCAGUCAACCGGAAAUUGGCUGGCUCGGCUGGAGAAAAACAGAAGAUGAAAAUUUACUGCAAGCCAUUGCCAUGGCUUGUGCACGAAACCCAGGCACCAACAGUAAGUUUCAAUCCCAAGCAGACAUUACUGAAAGCACAGAAGGCAUUGACAAAGAUGAGAUGACAAUGGGUAUAAGAGAGAAUUCCACCAAUGCUCUUGGUAUGUUGAUUAUCGAUGCUAGAUCGUACAGUGCAGCUAUUGCCAACCGAGCGAAGGGUGGUGGCUGUGAAUGUGCAGAAUAUUAUCCAAAUUGUGAGAUCCAGUUCAUGAACCUUGCCAAUAUACAUUCCAUCAGGAAAAGCUUCUGUGCCCUUAGGACUUUGUGUGGAUCAUCUCCUGAUCAAACAAACUGGCUGUCUGGGCUUGAAAAUACCAAGUGGCUUCACCAUAUUGCUAAUCUGCUGAAAGCUGCCUGUGUCGUUGCUAGUGCAAUCCACAAAGAAGGUCGACCAGUUUUGGUGCACUGCUCCGACGGCUGGGAUAGGACCCCUCAAAUCGUGGCCUUGGCAGAAUUGCUUUUGGAUCCAUACUACAGAACUUCCUAUGGAUUCUAUGUUCUCGUCGAAAGAGAAUGGCUACAGUUUGGCCACAAGUUUGCUGACCGGUGUGGUCAUGAUGUCAACAACGGUGAUUCCAAUGAACGUUGCCCGGUCUUCUUACAAUGGUUGGACUGUGUACACCAGAUAUAUCGUCAGUUCCCAUGUGCUUUUGAAUUCUCUGAAGCCUUUCUGAUAAAAUUAGUCCAGCAUACCUACUCCCGACUCUUUGGGACAUUCUUAUGCAAUAACGCCAAUGAGCGCAAGAAAGCCAAGUUGAAAACCAAAACAGCUUCUGUUUGGUCCCUCCUGUUGCCUGGCAACAAAAGGUUCACCAACUCCUUGUAUAACCCUUCAACAGAUCAGGUUCUCUAUCCAUCAUGCCAUGUUCUCAACCUAACACUAUGGACACACGUUUUUCUCUCCAACAAUUCCUUCUCCACCAGUUCAGACGACAUUGUCGGUGCAAACGCCAGUGACCAUUUCCUCGACGAGCAUAAAGUCGACCACAACAACUUGGGCAAGACGCGCUCCUACGACGACCUGGUCGGUGUGGAGCACCCAGCGUACUUCAGCAGAAGGCUGAGCGACCCGAACAUUGCCGUCGACAAUCACGAGCAGGCAAUGUUCCCAGCCAAAGAAUGCAGCAACAGCGUGUACAGUCUAAUAAACGUGAACAGCAAUCAUUUAUUGGAAGAAACCAGUGCGAGCCCUCCCCAGGAACUGUUCAACGGUAACCACUGCGCUUCGACGCCCGACAGCGAACCAGCGGAUAACAUUGAAGAGGGGAACACAGAAAUGGAGUAUCAGAUAAAAUUCGGAGAGGAACUUCUCAACGGUGACAUCUUGACAAACCUUACAAACAGUGAGGUAAACGGCAAUUCCUCGCUCCCUUCUUUUAUUACAUCUGUCAGCAGUAAACCACAUAGGACUUUGAACAAAUCUUCCCAGGUCUCCGUCAAUGAAACAUUUAGCAAUUCUAUAGCUCCCAUUGUAGAUGAACCUCUUAAUAAAUUAACUAAUUUCAGAAAUACCUGUACUGCUAAAACGUCAUCGUCAUCGUCGUCGAGCACAGCUAACUUGCCGGCCAAUGUUUACAUGAACGGCAACAUCGAGCACCAAAAUUCUAGUAGUAGUAGCAAUAGCAGCAGCAGCAGCAGCAGUAGUAGCAGUAGUAGUGAAGAAGACGACUAUAGCGCAAAAUGUAACGAGGAAAGGACUUUACAAAUUUACUCCAGUAUUAGUACAAGCACUAGUGAUAUUAGCGACUCCCGGAUAGACGCCAAUGGUGGCGACUCUUCUUCUUCUACGGCAGUGCCGCCGGCUGUCUCCCCGGCCGAGACUGAAUACCGGUCUAUCCCCCGCUCAUCUCUAAAGUUCAACUACUUGUUUGAAAGUAAAAUGAAUAUCUCCAAGACAAAAUCUUGUCCCAGCACACCAAAUAUACCCAUGGCACAGUGUCUGAAAAGAGCACUCACCCCCGUGACACCUGCUGCUGAAAGUAAGGUCCAACCAUUAUUGAAACAGUGUAGCACAGCCCAAAACCAGACAAGCUUUAAUGUAACAAGACACCUGGAUCCAGAUGGUUUGACCACCCACCCUGACACAGUUCAACAGAGAGUGAACGAGAUCCGUUCAGAUUAUCACCAAACAAUUGAAAUACAGAAGCGGCAUCUGGAGCAAUUAGCGACAUUAUAUCAAGCGUCGGCCUUCAACGGCACCGUUCGGCAAAUAUCCGAUAAAGAUGAACUCAGAUGUUGCUACGAGAUCCCUCUGCUGUCUUAUCUGGACGAUAAGGAAAAGGCAUCCCUGCCUGAAUCGUCUGGGAGUGGGGAGCCUCACUCGCUGGGACACUGCAGCAAUGCAGCUUCUGACGUCAGCUGGGAGCAUAUAGAUGAAAAGGACUCUAAAAUGACCCUUUGGGUGCCAGACCAUGCAGUGACCCACUGUGCUGGGUGUGAAGCUGCCUUCUGGUUUGUGAGGCGUAAACACCACUGUCGAAAUUGUGGUAAGGUGUUCUGUGGUAAAUGUGCCAACACUUACAUGCCAAUUCCUCACCAACAACUGCUAGAACCAGCCAGAGUCUGCCGCAGCUGUUUACCAAAGCUACAGAACUCCUUUCCAGAUAACUAUGGUUUUUUCGCAUUUGAACAGCCACUCGUAGCAGCUGCUGCAGCCGCUGGUGCAUCUUCUAAUUGAGCAGAUUGCAUCUUGAAAUGCGCACUC